GAGGAGAUGGACCUGAAGGUGCUGCAGUUCCGCAACAAGCGCCUGGCCGAGCGCCUCGAGCAGCGCCAGGCCGUGGAGGACGAGCUCAGGGAGCGCAUCGAGCGCCUCGAGGAGCGCCAGGCCACCGACGACGCCACCCUGCUGCUCGUCAACCGCUCCUGGGCGCAGGUACGGACCCAUAGGAGCCAUAGGGAGCGCAUCGAGCGCCUCGAGGAGCGCCAGGCCACCGACGACGCCACCCUGCUGCUCGUCAACCGCUCCUGGGCGCAGAGACCCAUAGGGAGCCAUAGGGAGCGCAUCGAGCGCCUCGAGGAGCGCCAGGCCACCAACGACGCCACCCUGCUGCUCGUCAACCGCUCCUGGGCGCAGCUCGAGGCCGAGGUCCAGGCCCUGCUCCGCCGCUGCGAGGGGGUGGGGGGAGGGGCGCCCCCCCCGUGCCCCUCCCCCGCCGACCCCCCCGAGCCCCACCCCGAGGGGUCCGAACCCCCCCCCGGCGAGGGGGAGGGGCCUGAAAGGAGGGCCUCCUUCCUGUUGGCGCUGAGCAGCCGCCAGGGGGCGGGGCCUCCUGCGUCAGCGUCGGGGGCGGGGCCGCCUCAAGGGGAGGGGCUUCGGGCGGCGCUGGCGCGCCUCGUGCACGUGCUGGCCCGCGCCCAGGAGCGCGCGCGCGCCGCUGGGGGGCGCCUGGCGGGAAACGCUGAGCUGCCAGAGCCAGGCCGGGCGCUGCUGCGGGAGCUGCUGCGGGAGCACCGGAGGCUGCAGGACCUGACCCUGCAGCUGCAGGAGAAGCAUCACCGGGAGUCCCUGGAGCUGGCUGAGCUCCAGGACAAGGCCACGUCGGCCGAGACCAAGGUGCUGGAGAUGGGGACGACGCUGGAGGGGCUGCAGUGGGACAGCGCCAAGCUACGCAAGCGUGAGGGCCGCCUCGACCGACGCCUGGCCGAGGCCCUGGAGCAGCUGACCUCCGGCUCCUACGGCUCUGCCAGCUCCGGAGGCUUCCAGGGGGGACAAAUCACCCUCAGCAUGCAAAAGUUUGAGAUGCUGAACGCGGAGCUGGAGGGGAACCAGGAGCUGGCCAACAGCCGCAUGGCCGAGCUGGAGAAGCUGCAGCAGGAGCUGCAGCAGGCCGUGAGGGGGCACGAGCGCCUCAAGGUGGCGCUGCGCUCGCUGCCCGAGGAGGCCGUCAAGGAGACGUUGGAGUACAAGGUGCUCCAGUCCCAGUUCUCGCUGCUCUACCACGAGAGCCUGCAGGUGAAGACCCAGCUGGACGAGGCCCGCGCUCUCCUCCUCACCACCAAGAACAGCCACCUCCGCCACAUCGAGCACAUGGAGAGCGACGAGCUGGGGGUGCAGAAGCGCCUACGCACCGAGGUCAUCCAAUUGGAGGACACCCUGGCCCAGGUGCGCAAGGAGUACGAGAUGCUGCGCAUCGAGUUCGAGCAGAACCUGGCCGCCAACGAGCAGGCUGGCCCCAUCAAUAGGGAGAUGCGCCACCUCAUCAGCAGCCUCCAGAACCACAACCACCAGCUCAAGGGCGACGUCCAGCGCUACAAGAGGAAGCUGCGGGAGGUGCAGGCCGAGAUCAACAAGCUCCGCCUUCAGGCCACCGGCGCCCCUCCCCCUUCCCCCAUCGCCCCUCCCCCUCCUCCCCCGCCCACCCCUCCCCCCACCCCCACCCCCUCCACCCCUUCUUCCCAGGACGAGCCCCCCCCCACCUCCGCCCCUCCCCCCGCCUCGGGGGCUGCUGCUGCCCCCGCCCCUCCCCCCCUUCCGGGCCCCGCCCCUUUGAAGGAGGAGGACGGAGGGGGCGUGGCCCCGGAGCCCAAGCGGGAGGAGGCGGCGGCCCCGCCCCCUCGGCGGGGUGGGGGGGAACCCCCCCUGCCCCCUCCCCCCCCCGUUCCCAUCCUCCCCGGGCCCCUCCCCCCUCCUCCCCCCUCCUCCUCCCAAUCCCGGCCCGGAGCUUCCCGGGAGAGGCCGAGGGCCAAGGGGGGAGGGGGAGGGGCGGGGGGAGGGGGAGGCCCCGCCCCCACCCCCGAGGAGGCCAAGAAGAAGGAUUCGGAGCUGCUCAAGCAACUGCGGGGGGAGCUCAAGAAGGCGCAGGAGAGCCAGAAGGAGAUGAAGCUGCUCCUGGACAUGUACAAGUCAGCGCCCAAGGAGCAGAGGGACAAAGUGCAGCUGAUGGCGGCCGAGAGGAAGAGCAAGGCCGAGGCGGAGGAGCUGCGGGCGCGGGCGCGGGAGCUGGAGGAGCGCGAGCGGCGCGAGAGCAAGAAGCUGGCGGACGAGGAGGCGCUGAGGCGGCUGCGGGCGGGCGAGGAGCACAUCGAGCUGCUGCAGCGCCGCCUGGCGGCCACCAAGCAGGAGGAGGAGGCGCUGCUGUCGGAGAUGGACGUGACGGGCCAGGCCUUCGAGGACAUGCAGGAGCAGAACCUGCGGCUCCUGCAGCAGCUGCGCGAGAAGGACGACGCCAACUUCAAGCUCAUGUCGGAGCGCAUCAAGGCCAACCAGAUCCACAAGCUCCUGCGCGAGGAGAAGGACGAGCUGGGCGAGCAGGUCCUGGCCCUCAAGGCGCAGGUGGACGCGCAGCUGCUGCUGGUGCAGAAGCUGGAGGAGAAGGAACGAGCGCUGCAGAGCAGCCUGGGAGGCGUGGAGAGGGAGCUGGCGGUGCGGUGCCAGGGCCUGGAGCUGCACAAGAGGAAGGCGGUGGAGGCGGCGCAGUUGGCCGAGGACCUGCGGGCGCAGGGGGAGCACGUCCAGGCCCGGCUGCGGGAGCUGCAGAGCUGCGCCGCCGAGAACAGGGCUGCCAAGGAGAAGGAGUCCCUGAGCCUCAAGAGGGCCCAGGAGGAGCUCUCCCGCCUGCGCCGGAAGCUGGAGAAGCAGCGCAAGGUCGAGGUUUACGCCGACGCCGACCAAAUCCUGCAGGAAGAGAUCAAGGAAUAUCGGGCCCGCCUCACCUGCCCCUGCUGCAACGCCCGCAAGAAGGACGCCGUCCUCACCAAGUGCUUCCACGUCUUCUGCUUCGAGUGCGUGCGGAGCCGCUACGAGACCCGGCAGCGCAAGUGCCCCAAGUGCAACGCGGCCUUCGGGGCCCACGACUUCCACCGCGUCUACAUCAGCUGAGCCCCACGGCCACCCAUA